CAUCGUUUAUUGUACAUUGUGGAGAAACAUCCUCGUGAUUACAAAAAUCAAAUAACUCCUUCUCACCCCUGACCGGGCAAGCUUUCCUUUUUCUCUAUCUGUACUUGCAAAAUGACGGGUUAUCUCCUUAAGCAAAAAAGAAGAAAGCGUUAAAUAGCGAUCAUCCUGUAUUUACAACGUUUCGCCUCUUAUUAUACCGAGGUACGAAUGGCAUGUAUAAUAGAUAAUAGCGUUUCAAGUGAUAAUUAUUCUACAUCCGCUGUCAUGACAGUCGAACACACAUCGAAAUAUCCGCGGUACGACUUACCCAUUCAUGCUCUCUUUUCCAAGCUUACACCUGACGAAUGGUCCACGAUCAAACAUCAACUACACCAAUACUGGCUUCAUGUGUACGCUUCGAUCUUUUGGAUUCUAUCUGUAGCGCUGAGUGUAUGGAGAACACAUUUUUCGCAAGCACAUCAGCAGUCAACUAUUGAUACGCUGGUCUUCACGGAAAGCGAUCUCUUCGAAUGUUUUCCUCCAUGGUGCACUGUGUUGGACGAUGUUGAUAAUCAAGACAAGGCAACUUAUAAAGACUCUCAUGCACUAUCCUAUUCCCAUACCGCGGCCAUUACCUCCACCAUGACGAACGAACCUUUGGAAAUGAAAGACAGUGACUCCUUAAUUCCGGAACAGCAGAAAAUGUCAUCCUUCAAACGCGUUAUUAAAGGCCGUUUGAACCUCAUCAAGCAGAAGCAACAUUCGUUGAACGAAUCUAUGAAACGCUCCAUAUUCACACGUAAACAGUCUAAUACAAAAUUAUUUGUGCAAGCCUCCUCUCCGACGUCCUCAAUAGCGAGUAAAUCGAGCGACUCCAAAUAUCUUCAGAGUGAACGACCGACAGAAAUGAAACGACGCAUGUCAGAUUCUCUACUCAAAUCGCUAUCACUGAACAAAUCUAAAGAAAAUCAACAAGAGCAGCGCCAGGUGCGCCGACGCCAACCGUUGGAUACGCGAUCUCUUUCAUCUGCAUCCAGUGAUUCGUUACUGUAUGACACCAUGCAACAUCCUUUGGACAUCUCGACUGUAAAAUGCAGCAGCAAUAUAUCAAUAUUUAGCGAAUCGCGUCUCGGUUCCGAGAAUUCCUUUGUCCAACUUCGACGUAAAACAUCUCCUAAUUUCAAAGGAAAUACUCUGUAAUACUUUUUUUUCCUUUGCUCUUUGAUCUCGCGGAACCACCAAUUUAUCUCCAACGACAGUCUCUUGCCCUUGUUUAGUUAUUCUCCAUUCUUUAUCAGGAGUAGCUUGUUUCGAAAAUGACGCUUAUGAACUUUUCCCAAAGAUAUAGAAUUUUAUGACAUAGUAUGAAUAGCUUUUCAUCGAUAAGAUUUCAAGUAAAUAACAGCCUGUCAUUGCUCUGAGAAGCCGAAAAGGUUUGGCAUCAAGAUAACCGGAAUUGGAAAGGGAGAAUAGGCUUGCUUUCAUCAAUGGUGAGGAGUAGUUCUUUUUACACUCUGGAGUUCCCUUUCCCCAACUCUCCUAAAGUGCCAUAUUUUCACAUGCGGCAAUGAAAUAUUUCACGUUCAGUGACACCGUCGCAGGCAACACUUGCAAGCGUUCUUCGAUAUGCUUCGUGUCUUCUUUUCCUUUUUUGGUAUGCACGUGUUACAUUAAAAU